AUGGAGACAAUAGAGGAAGAGAAAGUCCAGUUGCUCAAGGACUUCAAAAUUGACAUUCAAGAUCUCCCGAAAGACCAUCUCGAAUGCGAAAAAUGGAUUUUUGAUCAAUUAAAAUCAGUCCAAAGCUGAUGGUCUACUUUGGAGAAGAAAUACAAGCAUCUUGUCUUUAAACUGGUUGAUUAUAUUAAUGAUCAUCAACCCAGUAGUACUAAUUCGUGUACACAAGAAGUUGGGAGCCAAACGGAUCCCUCAAAGCAGGAGUUUCCAGAGGUAGAUGACACAAUCAAAACCCAGUAUAAGCUCAGAAUUGAAGAAUGAUCUUCCCUUAAGAAGACCAUCUUGGCAAGGAACCAAGAAAUACAGAAGUUAAAACUUAACUUAUUUUCCAAAAAUCUCGAGUACAAAUAAAUUAAGCCAGUCCAGCAAAAAGCUGAAGGACGAGAAAGACAAGUUCAAGGAACGUCUUGAGGAAUGCCAGAAAAAACUUAAAAAUUACGUUGAUAAGGUCCAUAGCAGAGACACUAAGGUGGAAAUGCUCAAAUCAUCCCUUCAGAAAUGCAAAGAAGAGUAUAAAGAUCUCUCUUCCCGCUUAUUCUAUAAAAUGAGUCGGGAAAAUCUUGAAUUAUCCGCAAAUGUUAGCGAAGCAGUUGAGAAAAUUGACUUCAACACCAGUCAGGACAGGAACAGAGGAUAUGUAAAGGAGCUCCAGGUUAUCAAAAACGAGGCUAAUGAUACAGUUGGAAAAUAUAAGCAAGAACUGAACCACUCUAGAGAAAGAGUUCUAGAACUGAUGAAUGAGAUCCAACGGUACGAAAGAGAAGUCUUCAUGCUAAGAGCUGAUAAGAAGCGCAUGCAGUUAGAAAUAGGGGACUUCGAACAACGUCAAAAUAGCUUUGAAGACUACAAAAGAAUCAUUGAUCGUCAUAAGAGAGAACUCGACCAAAAGGAUGAAACUAACAGAAAGUUACAAGCAACGGUUCAUGAAUUAACGGUUAGUUACGAAUGCCAGAAAAAGGAAAAUGCUAACCUCAAAACUAUCAAGGUCAAUCUUGAGUCUGACAGAUUAGAACUUGAGAAGAAAAAUAAUGAGCUCCGUAGACUUAACAUCCAGAAAGAUGGAAAAGUUUCAUUCAAAGAAUGUCUUGGUCAGCUUGAUCACUUAGAAUGUAAAGCCAAAGAUCUCGACAAAGAGCUAGAGUUGGUCUACAGACAGUUCCAAUUCAGAGUCCAAAAAGACCUUGAUGUGUACAAGAAGUAUUCCUACACUCUUGAAAUGCUCAAAUAACAUAUCAAAUAUUUUUGGCUUGCAUGGAACAGCGGAGAUUCCGACCCAGUUCUUGAUUGUGAAGGAUUUGUUAGAAAGGAACCCUCCAGUUAUAGCAGAUGAGAUUGCUUCAGAAAUUCUGACUCUUGAGGAUGAGAAACUCUCAAUUGAGCAGAACAUGCUGGUAGAGUACAGCCAUGGAGCUGGACUCCAUCCCAAAGAAGUACCUAUAAUAACUUCUUUGGAGAUUCCAAAGAUCAUGAGUAGUAGGACAAAGGCUCACUCAGCACUUGACUCAGGAGAAAAGACCAAUAUUACUUUGACUGAACUAAACCAGUCACCUGUUAAGAAGGUGCGCAAGACAAAUAAACUUAAAAAGAUUCAAGAAGAGCUGAAGAAGUGUCAGCUUGAAAGAGAUAGCAAAGAAGACCAAAUCCAGAUGCUCAAGCUUGGCAUCAAAGCCAAAGAAUCCAAAAUUGAAGAGUUAAACGAAAAGACACUAGAAAUACCUCAACUACUGGAGCAGCUGGAUGAAGCUAAAAUAAUAUUUGACAGAGUCAAGAUGGAGAACGAGGUUCUUCUUGAUCAAGACUCUCAAGAAGACGUGUUCUUAGACACAGCAGACGAAAAUGUGCUAUCAAUGCUUCUAUGCCAAGGAAUAGUCCUAGAAAACACUAUUACACCAGCAAAGAAGGAAUCCAAGCUGAAGCAACCGACUCCAGUAAAGUCUCCGAGUAGGAAUAAUGGUCAAUAAAAUAAUUGUUAGAAGAACAGCUUGUUAUAUUUCCUGA